CUUGUAAAUAUUACGAGCGAAAAACACGCACUAUAGUUAAGAAAAAUAUUUAAAUUGUAGUGAAAAACAUUCCCGACGACAGGCCCUGCAAUGUUCUGUUGGAAAACGCGCGUGAAAGUGUACGCAAAUUGCGCAUAAUAGCAGCGAAAAUAUCUCUUACUCAAGCAACCAGGCAGAGCAGCAGCAGCAAUAAAAAACGCAAGCCAGCGAAGUCGUGUGUGUGUCUGUGUUUGUGCAAAUUAACCAAAAAUAUACAUUUCCGGCUGCCCCCUCGCUGAGAAACGCGACAGCCACAAAUCCCAACAACAGAAACAACGAGACCAACAUCAGCAACAGAACGACAAUAACAACAACAACCAGAGUUCGCGCCUUGUUUCAUCAGCAAGUGGGAGCCACCCGGUUUCGAAUUCCUUGCUGGAACGCCUUAAGCGCACACCAAACACAUUUACUCUUGGAUUCAUGUUGAAAUUUCAUAUCAUAGUGGGCAUAAAAAGGCUUAACACUGGACCGGAAGCGUGUUUUUAAAGGGUGAUGGCGGCCUCCACUCAAGGAGAAAUACGAGUGGGUCCCGGCCACCAGGUAAACGAUGUCUAUGCAAAACUGCCCGAUUAUAAUCCAAUCUCAAGCUUCCCCGUUGACAAGGAAACCGAUGAACGUGAACUAGAAGAAUCAAGAUGGAGUCCUGGCGUUGUGGCCGAUGGCGAUUUAUUAAUGUUCUUGCGUGCGGCGCGUUCAAUGGCUGCAUUUCAAGGAAUGUGUGAUGGCGGACUAGAAGACGGUUGUUUAGCUGCCAGUCGCGACGAUACUACAAUUAACGCUCUCGACGUGUUACACGAUUCUGGCUACGAUCCAGGUAAAGCCCUACAAGCACUCGUAAAGUGCCCUGUUUCUAAAGGCAUUGACAAGAAGUGGACCGAAGACGAAACAAAAAAGUUCAUCAAGGGUCUACGGCAAUUUGGAAAGAAUUUCUUCAGGAUCCAUAAGGAUCUUUUACCGCACAAAGACACCCCUGAAUUGGUCGAGUUCUACUAUUUGUGGAAGAAGACCCCAGGCGCCAAUAAUAAUCGACCGCACCGGCGACGCAGACAGAGCGCCUUGCGUCGUAACCGUGUUACACGCGCUAAUAAUACACCUCCCAAGAAGGAGGACACCCCGGAACCACAAACUGCGACGACGGCGACGGCGGCGGCGGCAGAGACGGCGAGUCGCUCAUCGCCCGCUGUCUCCAAGGAGGAGAACAGUUCUCUAACCGAGGACGACGCAAGCGAGUGCGACAGUGAUUCGAGUCUGACGAACAAAAGGGAUGAAUCACCAUCUAGGAUGAGGACGAGAAAUAAACAACAAAAUAACAACAACAGCACCAGUGCUGCUGGUGGUGCUGCAGGUGGUGGUGCAACUGGUAAUGCUGCGAACAGCGCGUCCAAGGACCAACCGUCUGCCACGGCGAGCGGGACUACCAACACGGUGGCCAACGGAAAACGGCCGAAACGGGGUUCCGAGACGCCAGACGCUUCGGGUGGUGCUGCCGAUAGCCCUAAGACGCCCACAAAAUCAGUUGCGGAGAGCUCGGUCAACAAGCGCAAGGGCGGUAAACAGGAUACGCCGAAUAAAAAGAAGCGCUCUGACGUUGAUGGCACUGGCGCGUCAAACGAUGCAAACAGUGAAGACAACAAGGACAAGCGCAAGCGGCCUGACAGUCCCGUCGAGAGCAUGAACUCAGACAGUCGGCCCGAUUCCGUUAUGGACGAUGGCGAGUCAAAUACGACGGAUACAACAACUGCCGAGCAGCAAUCGAAGGAUAGCAAGGAAAUCAACUGCAAAGAAGAGAGCGCUGUCACCGACAUUGAAACCAAAUCUGAGGCCACCGAAAAAUCAAUCAAAACAGAAGUGUCCACGGAAGAUAGCAAGGACACCAUCAAAAACAUGGAUGAGGAGACGAACAUACAGGCUCCCACCAGCGUUAAUUUAAAACCGAUACUUGUCGAUGGCAUUAUUAAAGAGUCCAGCUCGUCGGAUGUGCCUGCCAGCAAUUUGGCAGCUGUGACCAAUGCGCCCAUUACCAUGAAGGUGCCCACUAUUGCCACAGUUGAGGCCCUGAAUGCCUCCGUUGAUCGCAAAGAAGCCAUCGAGAAGAUGGAGACGUGCGAAAACGACACAUCUGCGUCACGUGAUCCUGAGCUACUAAAGAAGUUGGCAAAUAUCAAGCAGGAGACAUCUCCACAACAACUCUCAACGGCAACAGGAGUGACGACACAACCGCCAGUGGGUGCUCCGUCAACAGCAGAUGCGGUCUAUAUCAAAAAGGAGCCCAUGGAUGAUUCAAUGGAUGCCACAUGCAAUCAAAACAGCAAUGAGCCCCAAGAUCUUAAAGUGAAGAUCGAAAUCAAAAACGAAGAUCUAAAGCCAGCAGUGGGUGGACUGCCUCCUUCGGGGGCCCCAACCUCAAUGGCUGGCCAGCUGUCGGCUUUACAUCAUGGCGGGGCCGAUGUUGGAAGUACGGAGCCACUCCAUCUGCAGCAUCUAGCGCAUGGACCCCAAGGGACAGGCGCACCACAACCGCCUGCCGGCUACAUAAUCGACGGGCAACUGAAAUACAGCGCACCGGGUCAGCCACCUCCGCCACAACUGCACAGCGAUGCGGCCGGAGGUGGUGGAAGUGCAGCGCCAGCAGUGCCGCAGAAGUAUCCUGGUGAUAUGGAUAUAAAGUACAAUGAAGGUGCUGUCAAAUUUGAGGGAGGUAAAUUUGCGCCGCAAGAUCUAAAAUAUCCGCCGCCACCGCCACCAACUCUCGAUGCGCUCAAAUACAGCCAGGAAAUACAAGCAGCCGCUGCGGCAGCCGCCGCUGUGGGCAAGUACGACAUGAAGUACAUGAUGGAACAGCAGGGCAAAUAUCCGAUAGAGUUGUCUGCUCACCAGGCGCCACCAAAGCCCGGCUAUCAGGACUCCAUUAAAAUACCAGAUGUGAAGCCAAGUUUUGGACAUCUGCCGCAUAAUGUCGAAGGCUCAGGCAAGUACAAUGCGACGUCUCUAGAUGGCCCUGGUCCAGGGGUGCACAAGUACGGACCGCCCACGUCGCAGCAGGAUCCACAGCAAUCGCACAAUACACCUCCGGGUGCCACACCACCGCCCGGAAUUGCUAUGCCUAAGCCGCACUACCAGCACGACGUGCAAACUCCACCACUGGGGCGUCCCUUUGAGCCAGGACUCAUGCUCAAGUACGGCGAUCCCCUGGCCAGCAAGUAUGGCCUACCUCAGCCCCAGGAUCUCAAGUAUCCCAUGCCGCCUGUUUCUGCAGCCGGCGAUGUGAAACCAUACGGAGAGAAUCUAAUCAAGGGAUCUCUCUAUGGUCCACCGCCAGGGGCAGACAGUGGCGCACUAAAGUAUCCGCCUUCUGAGAGCCCUAUCGACGCCUCGUCGCGGUCGACGCCCGGGCAGGACAGUCAGGGUAGCAACAGCAAUUCACAGCCCUCGCUACCACCGCAACAACAGCAGUUCCAGUCGCCACAUCCAUCUCCACACAUGCCUUCUCCAGCGGGUGGUGGAUUGCCGCCGGGUAUGCACCCGCAAAAUCUCAUAUCUUCACAUGGUCCACCACCAGGACACACCCCAGGCCUACCGCCUAGUUCAGCUGGUGGUCCACAGUCGCAGCUGCCACCCACAUCUCUGCAUCAGUCCGCUCCUGCGCCUCCGAGCCUUCAACAUGGCGGUCUUCCUGGAGGACCACAUUCACAAAUAUCAGUGUCAUCUUCGCUGGCACCCACGUCACUUGGCAGUGGCGCACCUCCCACACUGUCCACAAUGGCACCAUCACAUAUGCAUCCGCAUAUGCAUCCACACCUACAAUCGCUGCACCGACCGCAUCCCGAUAUGCCUCCCUCAAUGCAUCCACAUGCCCCAAUACCAAUGUCGCUGCAGGCACAUGACCCGCGUGGUGGGCAUCCAGCACCCUCCCACUCACUGCCACCACAGCAACCGCCCGCUGGUACCGUACGCACACCUUCUCCGGCACAACAGCAGCAGAUGCCACCACGCAGCUUACACGACGAUCGGAGCGGUCCUCCGCCACCUAAUGCACGAGAUCCGCUACCGCCCACGUCGCAGCCAUCAGCGGUGCCAACGAGCGGGGCCGGACCAAUGCCGCAGCAAUCCCCACAUGCUCAUCGCACUUCACCGCUUCCUGGACUAGCAGGCAAUGCGCCACCUGGUCUAAUCGGGCAUCCGAUGCCCAUACACCCACAUCUGGCCCAUUUGCCUCCUGGCCAUCCUGCGCAUGCAGCGCUCGCGCAUCCGGGUCAUCAUCUGCUAUCACACUCCAUUGCUGGCCUAGGUCCAGGCGCUGGACCCAUUGCUCUGCUUGCAGGGCCUGCAGGCUUGGGCGGUCUGCCAGAGUCGGCGCUCAGUCGCCGAACGCCGCCAAGUCAUCUGCCACACUCGCACGCCUCCUCAGCGCCAACGACGCCACAUUCUGUGGCGGCCUCUAUGGCACCUACAAGUGCAUCACUGACCACGACCACGGUGCCAUCCUCCGCCUUCAGUCGCGCUAGUCCCAGUGUACAAAUCUCGAGUGCUGCCGGUCUUGGCGGUGCGCAGCCUCCAUCUGGAAACAGCAACAGUGGCACACCAGGCGCACUAAACAACUCUGGAGCUGCACAUCGUUCUGCAUCGCCUGCAUCGAGUGUUGGCAGCCUGAGCCGGCAGAGUCCUUUACAUCCUGUGCCUCAGUCACCGCUUAGCCAUCACCCCUCGUCAUCGGCAUUAUCGGCAGCCGCGGCCGCCGUCGCCGAACGUGAUCGCCACGCCCUGCUGCGCCAACAAUCACCACAUAUGACUCCGCCGCCUGUUUCGAAUGCAUCUGGCCUCAUGGCUAGCCCGCUGAGCAAGAUGUACGCUCCGCAACCGGGACAGCGUGGUCUAGGAACUUCACCACCCCCGCAUCUACGUCCGGGUGCCUCCCCGCCGGUUAUACGCCAUCCACAGAUGCCUUUGCCACUACCGCUAAUAGCACCUGGUGGUGGCAUCCCUCAGAUUGGAGUGCAUCCCGGGCAGUCGCCGUACCCGCAUCCGCUGUUACAUCCCUCGGUCUUCUAUUCACAUCACCAUAACCCAUUCAAUUCGCCGUAUGGCUAUGCUCCCUAUGGACCUGGUUUCCCUGCAUACAUGAAGCCACCGCCUCCAUCCGGACCUCUCGAUCCAGCUGCAGUCAUGGCUGCACAUCACGCGGGCCUGCAAGGACCCCCACCUCAGGCCCGACAAGAGGAAGCCGCUGCAGCACAAGCGGCCGCUGAGAAGCAGCAUGCUGCGGCGGCCGCGGCGGCGGCUGCAGCACAACAAUUGAAGGCUCCACAGCAACAGGGAGGACCCCCACAGAACAAGCCACCCACACCAAAGACGCCACAAGGCCCAGGUGGUGUGAACGCACAGACGACACCGACGGGUCUACCACCUGGUGCGUACCCUGGUUCUCACAUACCCGGCUAUCCGCCACCACCACAUGCCUCGCCGUUUGCACCACAAGAUGGGCAACAACACGGUCUCAAGCCAACAUCUCACAUGGAUGCAUUGCGGGCCCAUGCGCACUCGGCUAAUUCUGCUGGGCUGGGCGGUCCACAUCAUCCAACGGAGCCUCUGCCUAUCGAUAUUGAGCCCGAUCCUGAGCCGGAAAUUCCCAGUCCCACACAUAACAUACCGCGCGGCCCCAGUCCUGAGGCCAAGCCGGACGAUACAGAAUGCCAUCGCUCGCAAUCUGCCAUUUUUGUGCGACACAUCGAUCGUGGCGAUUAUAACUCGUGCACGCGCACAGAUUUGAUCUUCAAACCCGUCGCCGAUUCGAAAUUAGCACGAAAACGCGAGGAGCGCGAUCGCAAACUGGCGGAGAAGGAACGCGAGCGGCGUCAGCAACAACAACAGCAGCAACAGCAACAACAACAGCAGGCUGCGGCAGCCCAACAAGCCGCACAACAGGCCAAGCUCAAGGCCGAGUUGAAACCUCCGUAUGCGGAUACGCCUGCGUUACGGCAGCUGUCGGAAUACGCACGUCCGCACGUCGCCUUCAGUCCUGUUGAACAGAUGGUACCUUAUCAUCAUCCAAUGGGCCCCAUGUAUAGCAGAGAGAGAGAAUUGGAGGAGAUCAAAAACGCACAAGCGGCAGCUGCAAGUCAAUCACGACUGGAUCCACACUGGAUGGAGUACUACAGGCGAGGCAUGCAUCCCUCACAGUUUCCGCUUUAUGCCAAUCCAGCGAUAUCACAAAUGGAACGGGAACGUUUGGGUAUUCCGCCACCGCAUCAUGUGGGCCUGGAUCCUGGCGAGCAUAUGAUACGAUUGACGAGAGAAUAUCAUGCACACUCUCAUACUCAUUUACAUUUGCCUUUGCAUCCACAGCCGCAACCACCGGAGGCCGGUUUCCAACUGCCACCGAAUGUUGGACAAUAUCCACGUCCAAAUAUGCUUAUACCUAGGGAGCCGCACUCGGACGUCCUGCUGCGCAUGUCGUAUGCGGAUCAAUUACAGUAUUUACAGGCCGCCGAGUUUCAGCGUCAAUCACUACACGAUCAAUAUUUCAGACAACGGCCCAGAUAAAUGGACUAAAGUGCAUAUUAAUAGAGAAAUUAAAACAAGAAAAUAGAAAACAGAGAAUUUGAAGCAACUGAACAAAGAGAAUACUCUGGCAUCAGCCGUGAGGAAAUGCUUUGUGUGAUUUUUGUGUUCAAAUGUUUACAUUUUGAUUUUGAUCAGAACUCGAACAAAAAGAACAAGAACCACAACAAUAGCAGUUACUAUAAACCGAUGACAACCCCCAUAUGGCCAAAAACAACAGCUAGCCCAUCAACGUGUUAAGUUGUGCAACGUUUUGUCCAGUUUUUAUGUAAAAAAAAUCAACUACGUUAAGUGACUUCGAUGGGAUGGCAAUGUCAUCGCCCGGGAUCAAACCGUAAAACAGCUUAUGCUUUCAAUUGCGAAACUGAAACACACAGAUACACACGGCCACACAAGAACACAAAAAUACAACCUUGACAACCAUACAAACAACCGCACUUACUAAAUUGACCAAGGCAUACAAAAUCAAAAAGAAACCAAGAAGACAAAAACUACAACAACAAACAUGAUGGUCGCAAUAUUUUAAGUCUUUUUAGUGUAUAGUGUUAAAUUCUUAAAAAAAAGGCGUGUUAAAUAUCGUUUAAGCUUACACAACAUAUUAAGGCAAUGGAACAAAGAAAACUUAGCACACUAAUUUUAUGAGAGGUUUUCAACAAUGAAAAUGUAAAUGUGCAAAAUGUUUAUAAUUUAUAGCACUAUGAACUUGAUUAACUAUAAACUGUAAGCUAAGCUCUACGAAUCAAAUUAUGUAUGUAUUUAGAUCUUUUGCAAUUAGAACAAGAAGAAAUGGAAUAGAGCAAAACCAAAACACAAAACUUGCUGUAGGCAGAGUUUAUUUAAGUAUAGAGAAAAACGUAAAAGCUAAUCAGUUCUAAACGCUUCCUUAUGUUUGGAGUUUCUACCUACUUUCCUAAACCCAAAUAGGAAAAGAAAAAGCCAAUAAGGCCACACAACCACCCCCUACAGGUUAUGAAAUGGAACAAACAAAGAUACUUGAACAGCGCUUGCGCAAGUCUUUAGGGCCAGUAUAUCAAAUAUUUAUAUUUAUUGUACAAUACGUUUUGUAAUCAGCUAUAAUAAGAGCUACCAUAGCUGUUUGAACUUGUGCUCUGUGCUCUAAACAGAGCAAAAGUAUCCAUAAUUAUUUAAUUUAAAUGUAUAGUACUUCCAAACUCAACUGAAUUAAUUUUUAUGACAUGCUUGUUGCUUAAUUGGACUAUAAAAUAUAACAACCUCAAGCUGCUACCGCUUUCGUAGAACAGCACCUUCUUUUGUUAGGCAGCUAUGCUUACUCAUUUAUGUAUUUAUUAUUUUGCUAUGACUGGAGUAUUAUUAAAUUAUACGAAAAUGUUUGUAAAAAGUGCAAAAAUAAACAACAAAAAGUAAAUGUAAAUUACUUAUACGGUUUUCAAGCAACAAAGCAAAAUAAUAUUGAAUCUAAUUAAAGCAAAUGCGAUUUAUAUAGAAAGCUUCUUCGCGUGCAUUUGUAACAGCUGCAAUUUUUUGAGUGCUUAAUUUAGUUGAUGUAGCAAUUUUACACAAUAUUGCAUACAACACAAAUAUGCAUAAACAUACUAAACAUAAUGUAAACACAAAACAAAAUUUAUAUUUAGUGUAAGGGCAGCCUAAACAUUUUGCAAAAGUUAUGCAUUAUGAAUAUGCACAUGUGUAUGCAAGGCAGCGUGAAUCGUACUAAAAACAAGAAACAUUUUUAAACACAAUCUUUAAUUUAAUAUUUUGAUUAUUCAUAUGAAAUAUACAUUAUACUGUAGCUAUAUAGAUACAUAUGCCUAAAUAUAAAGUUUAAUUUAAUAAUAAUUUUGCAUACUUAUGUGUAUUUAAAAGCAAAAAACCAAGCACACAGACAACAAAAACACACAUUUCGCGUAGUUAACAUGUAAGUUUGUAAAG